GCGCGAGGUGUCGGCGGCCGGCGCGGGCGGAGGCGAGGCCCGAGGCGCGAGCGCCGUCCCGGCGGGUGGAGCGAGCGGGCCCCGCGGCGUCAGCGUCAGCGGCGGCGGAGGAGCCGCCGCGCCCCGGCCCAGCAUGUCGGAAGCGGGUGAGGAGCAGCCCAUGGACACGGCGGGCGCCACCGAGAACGGCCACGAGGCCGCCGCCGAGGGCGAGGGCCCGGCCGGGUCCGGCCCGGGGGCGGCGGCGGCGGCGGCGGGCGGCGGGGGCGCGGCGGCGGCGGCGGCGGCCCCGGCCGGCAACCAGAACGGGGCGGAGGGCGACCAGAUCAACGCCAGCAAGAACGAGGAGGACGCGGGGAAGAUGUUCGUGGGCGGCCUGAGCUGGGACACCAGCAAGAAGGACCUGAAGGACUAUUUCACCAAGUUCGGGGAGGUGGUGGACUGCACGAUAAAGAUGGACCCCAACACGGGCCGGUCGCGGGGCUUCGGGUUCAUCCUGUUCAAAGACGCCGCCAGCGUGGAGAAGGUCCUGGGCCAGAAGGAGCACCGGCUGGACGGCCGGGUCAUCGACCCCAAGAAGGCCAUGGCCAUGAAGAAGGAGCCCGUCAGGAAGAUUUUCGUGGGAGGUCUGAACCCUGAGGCCACCGAGGAGAAGAUUCGCGAGUACUUCCGCGAGUUUGGGGAGAUCGAUGCCAUCGAGCUCCCCAUGGAUCCUAAGUUGAACAAGAGACGUGGCUUUGUUUUCAUCACCUUCAAAGAGGAGGAACCUGUGAAGAAGGUUCUGGAGAAGAAGUUUCAUACCAUCAGUGGGAGCAAGUGUGAGAUCAAGGUGGCCCAGCCCAAGGAGGUGUACCAGCAGCAGCAGUACGGCUCUGGGGGCCGUGGAAGCCGCAACCGGGGGAACCGCGGCAGUGGCGGUGGUGGCGGCAGCGGAGGUCAGAGUCAGAGUUGGAAUCAGGGCUACGGCAGCUACUGGAACCAGGGCUACGGCUACCAGCAGGGCUACGGGCCGGGCUAUGGCGGCUACGACUACUCGCCCUAUGGCUAUUACGGCUACGGCCCCGGCUACGACUACAGUCAGGGGAGUGCCAACUACGGGAAGAGCCAGCGCCGCGGCGGCCACCAGAAUAACUACAAGCCAUACUGAGCCGCCGGGAGCUGGCCGCGGGCCGCGGGAGCACAAUUAUGUACCAGAUGUAACGGCAACUCUGUGGCUGUCCUCUGUGCAUCUUAUUUAAAGUUUCCCCGGAAAUCACUCUCCUGUCGCCUGUUUGCAGGGCUCUAGUUGUAGGCAGCGUGGGGGUCUCAGGCGGGGGCCAGCGACCCUGGCUGUGAAGCGUCAGCUGUACCUUAGAGACCAGUGUCACCUUUUUCACCAUUUAAUUUUGUAUUAUUUGUGUCAUACAUUUCCUGUAAUGGAAGUGUUAAUUUUACUGUACUUUUUGGUACCUUUUGGGAAUCUAAUGUAUUGUAAGGUAUUUUUCACGUGUCCUGAUUUUGCCACGACCUGGAUAUUAAGGCUAUCCAAGCUUUUGAAAUAAAAGUGAAAAAACC